CUCAGUGGACUCUGUGGCCAGUCAUCUCUCAUAUCAGGUGGUCUUGGCCGCUGCUCCUGCUCUAACCAUACACAUAUUCUCCUCUGAACAACCAAAAGCCCCAAUAAAAAAUCCUGCUGACAAACCUUUACAUGUUCUUCUUCCGCUCUCCUGCUCAGCCAUGGAGUCCAAAACCCUAACAGUCACGGCUCAAGGCCGCCAGCUCGCCGUCGUCAACCUCCGGGGAUUGUCGCAUGCAACCAAAGCAUUCCGUUUACUUAUGGUUUUAGCAUGCACCCUCUUUUACCUCACUACAUUUGGGCAAUGCUCUGGGAAUGGUGAGAUAAUAUCGGAAUAUGAUUCUUGUGGAUCAUAUGGAGAUAAUUUGAAUGUGGAUUUUGUGGAUAAUUUUCUUGGUGACACCAGUUUGGGCUGUGGAGUUCCAAGAACCCACUUCAAUCUUGAUAAGAUUUGUACUAGCUCCCGUUUGUUCUGCUUUCCGUCAACAUUACCUGGUUUCUUGGAGCAUAAACUCAAAGUGGCUGAUUUUGGAGUUUCAGGGGAUCAGUCUGAUGAUGUAUCAUCUAUAGGAUCAACUGAAGAUAGCAAGGUGGCAAAUAACAAAAGUAGGUCAUCAGACAAUGGCGUGUUUAAGUUACUUAAUGGAGGGAUUGUUUCUUGUUCUUUGAACUCCAAGGAGGCUACUAAUGAGUUGUCAUCCAUUCAAGCUGAUAGCUCUAAUCAAAACGAUCUUUCUUCUUGUAGCGGACCUUUACUUUAUCAGAAGAGCACAAAUUUUAGGCUAAACAAGAACACUGAGAUGACCAAAUUUAGUUCUUUCACUGGUUCCCCCUCACCCCAUGUAGAAAUUAGCCCUGCAGUAUUGGAUUGGGGACAAAAGCAUAUGAAUUUUCCAUCGUUAGCUUUCUUAACUGUGGCAAAUACAUGUAAUGACACCAUUUUACAUGUUUAUGAGCCAUUCAGUACUGACAUGCAGUUCUAUCCUUGCAACUUUAGCAAGACUAAGUUAGGACCCGGUGAAACAGCUUCAAUUUGUUUUGUAUUUUUACCUAGAUGGUUGGGCUUGUCCUCUGCUCGUCUAAUUUUGCAGACAAGCUCAGGUGGUUUCUUGGUUCAGGCGAAAGGUUUUGCCAUAGAGUCUCCUUAUGGGAUUCAUCCUUUAUUGGACAUGGAUGUUUCUUCCAGGGGAAGGUGGAGUAAGAAUUUGUCGUUGUUUAACUCCUUUGAUCAAAUUUUCAACGUGAGGGAAGUUACAGCAUGGAUAUCAGUGUCUCUGGAGCAUACUUCCCAUCAUGCAGAGGCAAUAUGUAGUACUGAGAAACUUCAAGGUUCCGAUGAACUUGGGUUGCUGAGUGUUAAAGAACGUCUGGUUGUGAGUACUGGACAAGUUGGUUUGCCUCUUCUGGCCAUGAGGCCCCUUAUGAACUGGGAGAUUGGUCCACACAGCACUGAAACUAUCAUAGAAAUAGACUUCUCAACUGAAUCGAAGGGAAGAAUUUAUGGUGCAAUUUGUAUGCAGUUGCUAAGGCCUUCUGAGUACAAGUCUGAUACUGUUAUGCUUCCUUUUGAGGCUGAAGUGGAUGGAACAGCAAUGAAUGAUGAUCUUGAAGUACCUAUCUCGGCAUCUCUUGAGGUUUUGGUCCCCUAUUCCGUCAAUGAGACUGCUGUUGCUAUAUCUCUGAAGAAUUCUGCUCCUUACCUGUUGAGACUUCUUGAGAUUACUGAAGUUGCGGAUGGUAGAACCUUGCAGAUUAAGUACACUGAAGGCUUACUGCUUUUCCCUGGCAGCGACACAUAUGUUGCUGUUGUUGCUUGUACUGAGCCACUUGUCAAAUUAGAUGGACAAUGUAAGUUACUUAUACAGACAAAUGACUCAAGUAGCUCUCAGAUUGAAAUUCCUUGCCAGGAUUUUAUUCAUAUUUGUACAAGACAUUGGAAUGAUUCCACCAUUGAACAUCAGUCUGAAAGGAGUGAAUUGGGUGAUAUGCAGACAGAGUUCUCUGAAAGUGGCAUGCAGUUGCCAUUACCGAUCAUGGCAAUGGAGACAGCAGAGGCAGAUGAGUUGGUGCUACGAAAAUGGAAAUCUCAAGAUACCAGAAGUGGCAUGUCUGUGCUCAUUGAUCAUGAGGUAUUCUUCCCAAUGCUUCAGGUAGGAAGUCAUAACUCUAAAUGGAUCACUGUAAAGAAUCCUAGCCAAGCGCCAGUAGUGAUGCAGCUUAUACUGAACUCAGGGGAGAUUAUUGACCGAUGUAAGAGUGCGGAUGGUCUUACACAGCCUCCUUCAUCGGGUAGUGUGGUUUGUAAUGAAUCCACUUCUCCAAGUAGGUAUGGGUUCUCAAUAGCAGAAAAUGCACAAACAGAGGCUUAUGUUCAACCGAAUGGUAGAGCAUCUCUUGGACCAGUAUUGUUUCACCCUUCAAAUCGAUGUGAGUGGAGAAGUUCGGCCCUGAUAAGAAACAAUCUAUCUGGUGUGGAGUGGCUAUCUCUGAGGGGAUCUGGAGGGUCGCUAUCCUUGCUUCUUCUUGAAGAGUCUGAGCCUGUUCAGAGUGUAGAAUUCAACCUCAGCUUACAAAUUCCUCUUGACUUUUCUCCUCCAGACAUGUUUCACAUGGAAGACUUCACUCAUUCUUGUUUUCAGCCAUUAUCAAGGCAGCUCUAUGCUAAGAAUACAGGAGACUUGCCUCUGGAGAUUAGAAGAAUCACGGUUUCUGGAAAAGAGUGCGGGAUGGAUGGGUUUAUGGUACAAACUUGCAAAGGUUUUGCUCUUGAACCUGGAGAAUCAGCAAAACUUCUGAUAUCGUACCAGACUGAUUUUUCUGCAGCCUUGGUACAACGGGAUCUUGAGCUGGCCGUGAAUUCUGGUAUUCUGGUGAUACCCAUGAAGGCAAGCAUUCCCUUGCAUAUGAUCAAUAUAUGCAAGAAAUCAGUGGUCUGGAUGCGCGUCAAAAAAUACUCUUCAGCAGUAUUUCUUGUUGUCUCCUUGAUGUUUCUAGUAUUUUGGUAUAUAUUGCCCCAGGUGCCUGGCUUUUGCUCUGAUGAUUGUUUGUGCACGAGCGGAAAAAGUUCCUUGGUUACUUCUAAAAGUAGUUCAGGAAAAUCAUCUCAUGCGCAUAAUUAUAGAGAUGGUAGAUUUUCUGUGUCUGGUGAGAUAAACGGUUUGCUAAGAUCAGUUCGGGAAGAUAAAACCUCAAUGCAGGCAUCAUCUGUUGGUAGAUAUCCUGAUGACCAGGCUAGGGCCUCAGAGCGGGAAAAAUUUGCUCAACAUGCAGAUCAAAUUCUACAGGGUCAUGAACAAACUAAUUAUUUGUCAGAUAUGACAAAGAACAAAGCCAUGGCUUUCUCAUUGACUUCUAAAUCUGUGUCAGUUGAGAAUCCCGAUGAACUAGAAGCAUCCCAACCUGGUAACCUCACAGUCAAAACUGGACAGGAAAAGGGUAGAAGGCGUAAGAAGAGAAAGGGUGCCGGUGCUAAAUUCACAGGACUUCUUGAAGUUUCAAGUAGUCAAAGUGGAAAUUCUACACCUUCAUCACCCUUGUCUCCGGUCACAUCUGUAAUACCAAAACAGAUGUGGCCGCUAUCUCCUGAUGUGGGCCAAGCUGUUGAGGCCAGAAAUCCAUUUACUCAAGUGGCUCAGCAACACUUCCGGAAGAGUCAUGUUUUUAAAUCUGCUUCUAAGGCAAACUUAUCACAGCCGGAGGUUUCUACAAAAUAUUGCAAUAACCACCCAACUUUUGCUUCUCAAGUGCAGCCACCAGCACCAAGAAAACCUGCGGCCAGAACUGUUCUGUUGCCUUCUGCCACCUUUCCUGGUUCCAGUAGGCCUGCACCUAAUUUGGUAUGCUCAACCUCUUCUCUGGCUUCAACAUCACGUAUUUCUCCGCAUGUUAGAGCCCCUGGGUCCAAACUCUGUGAUCAGAAAAGUGCUGAAGAAGAAAAGGCUCGGCUUGGGGAUGAAUAUACAUAUGAUAUCUGGGGUGAUCAUUUUCCGAGGCUAAAGUUGACGGGUAGGUCAAAGGAUGUCGGUUCUAUGACCUCCAGCACUACAGAAAGCGACUCCAACAGCUUCUUUGUAAAGGGUCCACAAACCCUCAUGGCAAAGUCUCCACCGAGAUCUGUAAGUUUUUUCCAUCAAGAUGGUUAAUGACAAAAAAAAAAAAAAAAAAAAAAAAAAAAGAAAAUCAAAAUAAGUUAUCCUGUUUCUCUGCUUUCGGAUCUCUCUAUAGGUCUGCUUGUCUGUAGUUUUCUUCAUUCAUAAGCUACACAGGAGUCCGCACUGUUGUCAUACGUUAAUAUGAAACUGAAAAAAGUAGCCUAUGCUGUAAACAAUGAAUAGCUUUUACAACGACUGCGGUUUAGCUGUAAUACACUGAACUUAUCAAAAUGUAGAAAGAGUAAAGAUGAAAAUAUACAUUCAACACUACCAAUGAGUUAAAAAUAUGAAAAGGGAUCAACGGAUCACUCUGAGCAAUAAGCUUUAAGUAACAUGUACAGUAUGCAAAGGAUGUGUUGCAGAAACUUAAAUCAAGUUUGUUUUUAGGAAACAGGAAUUUGCUAGUAGGAUAUGUAAACGUUUUCGAGUCUCUCACUAUUAAUGACACACAGGCAUGGGUUUGCAAAAACUUUCUCGAGUACUACUCUUGAAUAUGUUGCUCUGUUAACAGUUUGCUAAAUGACUACUUGUUUAUAUGAGCUUGAUUGUAAUAUUCAGAAAGAUUAAUGCAAGAAGAAUGUGAACUUCUGCGGUUUAUCAGUUCGUGAAAUUACUCAAAUUAGUACCUUUUUCGAUAGACGAUUUGUGAAAUAUUCAAUUACCUGGAUAUACAGCAACAUUUUGAGCCUUUGAGGAGUGACAGAAUAGAAUAGUUGUCAUCCAUAUGUAUCUCAGAUCAUAUUCUUACAUAUAUGUGUGUCACAAAUACUUAUCUAACGGGCUUUACUUAACUGAAGUAAACAUGUUUUAGGUGAAGAGAAGCCCGUUAAAUAAAUAUUUCUAUAGGGUGGAAAUAUCUCUAUUCUGUGAUGCUGGGCUUGGAUUCUAUACUAUUAAACAGAAAGCCCAGGCCAAAAUAUGAUUUCAUCUUUGCUCUGAUAUUGCAACAAAGAUUAGUACUGGGUGUUGAAACAUCCACCACAUCCGGCAGAGACAAAGAAAAAUAAUAGUUUAAAUAUCCUAA